GCGGACGUCGCUUCCGCAGCAGCAUGGCGGCCACGGAGGACGAGCGUCCGGCGGGGAGCGGUGAGGGAGAGCGGCUGGAUUUCCUGCGAGACCGGCACGUGCGGUUCUUCCAGCGCUGCCUCCAGGUCUUGCCUGAGCGUUAUUCUUCGCUCGAGACCAGCAGGUUGACAAUUGCAUUUUUUGCUCUCUCCGGGCUGGAUAUGUUGGACUCCUUAGAUGUGGUGAACAAAGAUGAUAUAAUAGAGUGGAUUUACUCCCUGCAGGUCCUUCCCACAGAAGACAGAUCCAAUCUAAAUCGCUGUGGUUUCCGAGGCUCUUCAUACCUGGGUAUUCCAUUCAACCCAUCAAAGAAUCCUGGAACAGCUCAUCCUUAUGAUAGUGGCCACAUAGCAAUGACCUACACUGGCCUUUCGUGCUUAGUUAUUCUUGGAGAUGACCUAAGCCGAGUAAAUAAGGAAGCUUGCUUAGCGGGCUUGAGAGCUCUUCAGCUGGAAGAUGGGAGUUUCUGCGCAGUCCCUGAAGGCAGUGAAAAUGACAUGCGAUUUGUAUACUGUGCUUCCUGCAUUUGCUAUAUGCUCAACAACUGGUCUGGCAUGGAUAUGAAAAAAGCCAUCAAUUACAUUAGAAGAAGUAUGUCCUAUGACAAUGGGCUGGCACAGGGAGCUGGACUUGAAUCUCAUGGAGGAUCAACUUUUUGUGGCAUUGCAUCACUGUGUCUGAUGGGUAAACUAGAAGAAGUUUUUUCAGAAAAAGAAUUGAACCGGAUAAAGAGGUGGUGUAUAAUGAGGCAACAAAAUGGUUAUCAUGGAAGACCUAAUAAGCCCGUAGACACCUGUUACUCUUUUUGGGUAGGAGCAACUCUAAAGCUUCUGAAAAUUUUUCAGUACACUAACUUUGAGAAAAAUAGAAAUUACAUCUUGUCAACUCAAGAUCGGCUCGUGGGAGGAUUUGCCAAGUGGCCAGAUAGUCAUCCAGAUGCUUUACAUGCAUACUUUGGGAUCUGUGGCCUGUCACUAAUGGAGGAAAGUGGAAUUUGCAAAGUUCAUCCUGCCCUGAAUGUAAGCACACGGACUUCUGAACGCCUUCGAGAUCUCCAUCAGAGCUGGAAAACCAAGGACUCUAAACAGUGUUCCGAGAAUGUGCACAUCUCCACGUGACUGACUUCCUUUGGGGGGUGGGGGGGAGGCAGGGAGUUUGUAGCAUAACUGUAGCUCAAGGUUAAAAGCCAUGUAUAACCAAGUGUGCUCUUUUCUUAAGAGGUAGAGUCUCACAGUCAGAUUGCGUGCUGAUGUCACUUUGGAAUAUGGUCUUGAGCCAGUAACCUUUGGACUGGGUUUCAAGAAAACCUUUGUUGAAGUUUGAACCACAGCGGACUCUGUUGUGGUUCUUAAAUGUUUAUACUGUAUUUCUAAGAAGUUCUUUGGGCAAAUUAACUGUAUGUAUGUAGGUUAUCUUUUUAAAAAACUCUUCAGUGCGAAUUGUAUCAUACUGUAAAAUGGACACAAAUCUUCAGAACAAGUUUACAGUUCACAGAGCGUUGAUAAUCUGCGGGUGAACACUUAGUGAUCAUUUGAAAAGCUUGCCAGCUGAUGGUAAAAAAUUGCUUUAAUGAAUGAAGUAUUUAGGAUUCUUCUUUGAAAACAGAUGAUUCCAUAAUUUUU